GCCGCUUCAUCAUCUAAAAUACGCCAGCGAGACAAAGAAGGUUCUCAGGUCGUAUUCAAAGAAAACGAUUUCAAAGUAAGUGUCCCCCCCCCCCUUUUUUUUUAUUACUUACAGAAUUUAACUUUAUAGUUUUAAUCAUUGGGAGGGGAGGCGGUGACCCACCACGAUAGUUUGAUGACCCACCACGAUAGUUUGAUGACACACCACGAUAGUUUGAUGACCCACCACGAUAGUUUGAUGACCCACCACUGAAGGUUCUCAGGUCGUAUUCAAAGAAAACGAUUUCAAAGUAAGUGUCCCCCCCCCCUUUUUUUUUAUUACUUACAGAAUUUAACUUUAUAGUUUUAAUCAUUGGGAGGGGAGGCGGGCGGGGUGGGGGGUAGUAAAUGGACAACUUAUAAAAUAUUUUCGAUUAUUGCAAUAGGUGACAGAAUUUCAAGCUAAGCCCCACGUCACACGAUCAGACAAUUCAAUUGGACUCUUUUGUGUGUGUUUUGUUAAAGUGUAUUUUAAGCUAAAUUAAGGACUGCAAAACUUAGCCAGUUUCGAGGUCCAUCUGGCGGGGGCAUAAGCACCACCAAUGCGAACAUGUACUUAUUAUUUUUUAAAAAGUAGUUUGCUAUAUGGGACACAGCUUCAGAGAGUUGCUUUCAUUACUCUGGAAAAGGGGGGGUGGUACAGUCGAGGGCGUCCUACUUAAGAGCUAUUCCGAAAGGCAUGACAUAUCAAACAUAAACUUUUUAAUUUAAUUUAAUUUAAUUAUUUUUUAAAACAUUUUUCCUUGUCAAUCUAAAUUAGCUUGUCGUGACAAUUAUCACGUCAUGAUUAUACGGUUGAAUUAAGGCAACCGUGGGAACUUUCAGCCAUUUUGAUUUAUUUUGACUUCUAAUGUCCGAUUUACUUUGGGUAAAUUUAAAAAAAAAAAAAUGGCUAUUUCACGAAUUUUCUUACAAUUUAUUUUCUGUUAAUUGAUUCACAGAGAGCGUGCCAGCAAUUGCAUUUCUAGUCAGUGGUUUCCCUUGGAAUGCAUGCUCUAUUUCAAAAUUGAUAGCCCUAUCUGCUUAUGAUCUUAUUUGAUGCAUUUGCGUAAUAUCUUAAUUUUAAGUUAUGAUUUUAUUUCACAAAAUUCAGCAUCACUGAAUCGGAAGGAGCGUAUCGAAACAAAGGCGAGGAGAUAAUGCGAAACUUCCUGAACUGUGACUUUGAAAGCCUUGACGAGGGAUCUCUGUCUGUGAGUACAACGCUUGUGUGGGUUGAAGUCUGUGUGUGAGUACACCAUUUGUGUGUGGGUUGAAGUCUGUGUGUGAGUACAGCGUUUGUGCGUUGGCGGAAGUCUGUGUGUGAGUACACCGUUUGUAUGGGCUAAAGUGUGUAUGAUUAAAUCGAUUGUGUGGGUCGGUGCCAGAGUGAGUACAACGUUUGUGUAGUGGAAGAUGGUCUAAUUAAAGUUAUUGGGACAUUGACAUUGACUACCUCAAGCGAGGCUUGAACACAUGCCCCCUGCUUGGGAAUUAUCGUUGAACGAUCCGAUUAUAUUAGCUUGGUUGAUACAUUUGAAACGGAGUGCUUCCAAAGCUUUUCCAAUCUAAAUAAACUCUCUCACCUAUAAGUGUUCGUCAUUCGAAUGCGAAGAUGACCAAGACUUUGACUCGAGUAGUAGCCUAGAGUAGAGCUGUAUUUUCGUUUUAAAGUGAAGUAGAGUUGCUUCAUUCGAAAGCCCUACUCUCUCAUUCGUCCCUGCCAUACUUGUUCCAAUGGCAAAACUUAGUCAAGACGACUGGAAAUAGACCAGGAUGCAGUAGAUGGUCAGCAGUGUGUCUUGUGUCUCACUGUUCUCUCUUGCGUUCCACAUCGGAAUUUUCAUUCUGUCACUGUCAUACCGCCUGCGGGACUCAACCUCUCGGUUUAAAUUUCAAAGUCUGCCUUCACUUAGGUGAGUUGACAUCCAAAUUUAACGGGUCCCAUCCACCCGGGGUGCUGAUGUUCUUUUUGCCUGUCGAGGUUUUUUUGUUUUUGUUUUUUUUUUUGGUGAUUGAAAUCUCACUACUAAUAAUGUGUUAGCUCAAACACGAUCAUUUACUGCGCUAAGUUGUCGCGUUCUUAAUGUUGACACGAAUGCCUAACACCGAAUAACAACGUAUCGCUUUAAAUGUUUCAGCAGCCUCACUUAAUCCGGAGCCCAACCACGUUCAAUUACUCCAGCUGUCUGAAGAUGCCUUGGAUCCAGAACGACACGUACCAGGACGGUGAGAGAGAUGAUAGCAUUAAAAAAAAAACAUUGUACGUAAUGUUUUAGACAAAAGCUGCCGAAAUGGAGCAGCAUCGUGUGCUAUGUUCAUGUUAAAUGGGAGUAUACAUUUCGCAUUACAUCAACUUUAGAAAGAAAAUAAUUGAACAACGACUAAAUCCAAAGUUAUUCCUUUAAAAAAAAUUAAGAAACCAGCAAUGGGGGAAGAGGGGGGGGGGCUGAAAAUUUAACAAAACAGACAUAUAAGUAACCCACUUUAUAUGAAUCCCAAUUAGUGCCCCCCACCCACCCUCAAGGCUCGCAACCGCACUUUUUUACACGCCCCUGAACUAUCUUAAUAUUCUAAUGCCCCACCCGCUUUCACAGCUUAGAUUAAUUUCACCAACUAUUUCAGGAAAACGAAUUCAAAUAUUACGCACCAAACGCGCCAGCGAGAGUCAGUGUCAUCAUGUUUUCUCCAGCCUUUCCUUGAAAAAAAAUGGUGAUAUUUUGGUGUUGAAGGUGGGGCUGAACAUUUUGCAGAAUGUGGUAUCAUCGACAACCAGUCUAUGCGCCAAGUUUCAGCUCGAUAUGCUGACGGCAAGUGGCUCAAUGAGCCGUACGAGGACUUAGCCAACCCACCACCCCAUCCACCAAGCCAGACACAAACGAAAGUGAAGUCAAUAUAAAGGAUUUUGUUUUUAAAGUUAAUUCUUUACUAUUGCGUACUUUACAUAUAUAUAUAUAUAUAUAUAUAUAAUAGCGAGUACCCGGCAUGUUUUGCGAUGCCACUCAAAGACAGAAAGUGUUCGUGUUUUAAUUACGUUUUGAAGUCCCUUUUAUUUUUCCAUACCAUACAUUUUGUUUUUCCGUCUGAUACGAACACUACUAAAUAAGAAGUAUUUUCGACAAGAUGUCCUCGUGAGAAGCAUGGAUUUUAAAAAUGUAGUCCCCGCACUUGUAGCGAUUAAUCCACCCAUGCAGUAGCUCUGUUUGUGAUUAUAUUUUAUAUAGGUCAUAGUAUACAAAAAUAAAAUUUCGGGCACCCGGCCCCAAACUAAAUUUGUAAAAUUAUUGUAUUAAUUUAGAAACCUACUCAUCAUGUCACAAACAAACUGAAUGUCACUGUUUGUUUUUGAUUCAAUUCCAUACACCCAUACAAUAGCUCUGUUUCAAACGGCCCAAAACGGAAUAUUGUCAAAUGGUUACACUAAUUCAGAAACCUAUGCGGGCUUGCGUACAGCAACUCACCAAAGGUUUAUCGAAGUCGUAUGAAUGAUAUUGAAGCGCUCACAGGACAGAGAGACAGACAGACACACAGACACACAGACAGACAGACAAAGACACACACACAAACACACUCACACAUACACACCCACUCACUCACUCACCCACACACACACAUCCACCCACACCCACACACACCCACACACACAUACACAUACACACAUACACAUACACACAAUAUACACACACACAUACACACACAUAAACCAAUUUACACACACAUAUACACACAUACACAAUACACACACAUACAUACACACAUACAUACACACAUACACACACAUACAUACACACAUACACACACAUACAGACAUACACACACAUACAUACACAUACAUAUAUACAUACAUACAUACAUACAUACAUACAUACAUACAUACAUACAUACAUACAUACAUACAUACAUACAUACAUACAUACAUACAUACAUACAUACAUACAUACAUAUAUACAUAUAUACAUAUAUACAUACAUACAUACAUACAUACAUACAUACAUACAUACAUACAUACAUACAUACAUACAUACAUACAUACAUACAUACAUAUAUACAUAUAUACAUAUAUACAUACAUACAUACAUACAUACAUACAUACAUACAUACAUUCAUACAUACAUAUACUUUUAUAUAUUUAGAUUCAAGUCCGUAAAAAUAUGUUACACAAUAAAUAUGUUAAUCCACAAACAUGUUAGUCCAUUUAAAUGUUACGGAAUUAAACUGUUCGUCAGUAAAUGCUGUUUUAUUGAUUUAGUUACCUUGACGAUGACCUACCCCCCACCCCCCAAACACACACACUUGUUUGCUGAUGCAUGUAAAAUCACAGUGCUGUAGGUGCUGUACGCUCAGGCGCCUUGACACAACCGCACCACACUGUAGCUCAAUUGUUCUAUAAGCACCACACUGUAGCUCAAUUGUUCUAUAAGCACCACACUGUAGCUCAAUUGUUCUAUAAGCAGCACACUGUAGCUCAAUUGUUCUAUAAGCACCACACUGUAGCUCAAUUGUUCUAUAAGCACCACACUGUAGCUCAAUUGUUCUAUAAGCACCACACUGUAGUUCAAUUGUUCUAUAAGCACCACACUGUAGCUCAAUUGUUCUAUAAGCACCACACUGUAGCUCAAUUGUUCUAUAAGCACCACACUGUAGCUCAAUUGUUCUAUAAGCACCACACUGUAGCUCAAUUGUUCUAUAAGCACCACACUGUAGCUCAAUUGUUCUAUAAGCACCACACUGUAGCUCAAUUGUUCUAUAAGCACCACACUGUAGCUCAAUUGUUCUAUAAGCACCACACUCUAGCUCAAUUGUUCUAUAAGCACCACACUGUAGCUCAAUUGUUCUAUAAGCACCACACUGUAGCUCAAUUGUUCUAUAAGCACCACACUGUAGCUCAAUUGUUCUAUACGCACAACACUGUAGUUCAAUUGUUCUAUAAGCACCACACUGUAGUUCAAUUGUUCUAUAAGCACCACACUGUAGCUCAAUUGUUCUAUACACACCACACUGUAGCUCAAUUGUUCUAUACGCACCACACUGUAGCUCAAUUGUUCUAUAAGAACCACACUGUAGUUCAAUUGUUCUAUAAGCACCACACUGUAGUUCAAUUUUUCUAUAAGCACCACACUGUAGUUCAAUUGUUCUAUACGCACCACACUGUAGCUCAAUUGUUCUAUAAGCACCACACUGUAGCUCAAUUGUUCUAUAAGCACCACACUGUAGCUCAAUUGUUCUAUAAGCACCACACUGUAGCUCAAUUGUUCUAUAAGCACCACACUGUAGCUCAAUUGUUCUAUAAGCACCACACUGUAGCUCAAUUGUUCUAUAAGCACCACACUGUAGCUCAAUUGUUCUAUAAGCACCACACUGUAGCUCAAUUGUUCUAUAAGCACCACACUGUAGCUCAAUUGUUCUAUAAGCACCACACUGUAGCUCAAUUGUUCUAUAAGCACCACACUGUAGCUCAAUUGUUCUAUAAGCACCACACUGUAGCUCAAUUGUUCUAUAAGCACCACACUGUAGCUCAAUUGUUCUAUAAGCACCACACUGUAGCUCAAUUGUUCUAUAAGCACCACACUGUAGCUCAAUUGUUCUAUAAGCACCACACUGUAGCUCAAUUGUUCUAUAAGCACCACACUGUAGCUCAAUUGUUCUAUAAGCACCACACUGUAGCUCAAUUGUUCUAUAAGCACCACACUGUAGCUCAAUUGUUCUAUAAGCACCACACUGUAGCUCAAUUGUUCUAUAAGCACCACACUGUAGCUCAAUUGUUCUAUAAGCACCACACUGUAGCUCAAUUGUUCUAUAAGCACCACACUGUAGCUCAAUUGUUCUAUAAGCACCACACUGUAGCUCAAUUGUUCUAUAAGCACCACACUGUAGCUCAAUUGUUCUAUAAGCACCACACUGUAGCUCAAUUGUUCUAUAAGCACCACACUGUAGCUCAAUUGUUCUAUAAGCACCACACUGUAGCUCAAUUGUUCUAUAAGCACCACACUGUAGCUCAAUUGUUCUAUAAGCACCACACUGUAGCUCAAUUGUUCUAUAAGCACCACACUGUAGCUCAAUUGUUCUAUAAGCACCACACUGUAGCUCAAUUGUUCUAUAAGCACCACACUGUAGCUCAAUUGUUCUAUACGCACCACACUGUAGUUCAAUUGUUCUAUAAGCACCACACUGUAGCUGAAUUGUUCUAUACGCACCACACUGUAGUUCAAUUGAUCUAUAUGCACCACACUGUAGCUCAAUUGUUCUAUAAGCACCACACUGUAGCUCAAUUGUUCUAUAAGCACCACACUGUAGCUCAAUUGUUCUAUAAGCACCACACUGUAGCUCAAUUGUUCUAUAAGCACCACACUGUAGCUCAAUUGUUCUAUAAGCACCACACUCUAGCUCAAUUGAUCUAUAUGCACCACACUGUAGCUCAAUUGUUCUAUACGCACCACACUGUAGCUCAAUUGUUCUAUAAGCACCACACUGUAGCUCAAUUGUUCUAUACGCACCACACUGUAGCUCAAUUGUUCUAUACGCACCACACUGUAGCUCAAUUGAUCUAUAUGCACCACACUUUAGCUCAAUUGUUCUAUACGCACCACACUGUAGCUCAAUUGUUCUAUAAGCACCACGCUUUAGCUCAAUUGUUCUAUACGCACCACACUGUAGCUCAAUUGUUCUAUACGCACCACACUGUAGUUCAAUUGUUCUGUACGCACCACACUGUAGUUCAAUUGUUCUAUACGCACCACACUGUAAUUGUUCUAUAUACGCCGAUGUGAGCUGUAAAUGCCGAUCCCAAAGCUUUCUCACCUGUAACACAUUUUUACAUAAAACCCCAGGUGACUGUCGGUGAAAGCCAAAGAUUAGUGCCAAGCCUAGCGAUAAAUCUCUUCGUGGAUUAAAUUGUUGUAUUAAUUAACAGACUGAUCCGUUUAGGCUGAUGUUGUGUUGCAUUUACAAUCUGUACGAUGUUAUGUUGUUGAUUUGCCAACUUUGUUUUCGUAAUGAUGUUUUGCCCCAUUGGGGUCAUGAGUCGUCUAUAAGAAUGUUCCAUUCAUCUCUUUCAAGUUGCGUCCAGGCAUGGGCGCCCGCAGGUAGGGGCAAGGGGGGCACUUGCCCCCGCCCCUGGAUUGAUUGGAUAAAAAAGUUUUAGACAAAAAUAGACAAAAAUGUAUUAAAGUAAAGAGAAAAUAAAGAGAAAGUAACUAAGCUGAUGUCCUGUCCGUUCUUUCACCAUACAAAUAUGCUACAGUAAAUUAAAACUACAUUAAAACUUUACUAAAAAAAUGUUGCCCCCCCUGAAAAGUUAAUCGAUUUUUUUGCCCCCCCCCCUUAGAAAGUUUUCUGCAGGCGCCCAUAAGUCCAGGUGUAUCCCUUACUUUGUGUGGCUUCCUCCAGCUCGCGUCUCCAUGUAUUCUUCGACCUUCUUCUCUUUCUUUUUUCAAUUUGGAUUCAUGUUAAGGGUUGUCUGGUGAUGCUAUCUGGGGGUUUGCGAAGAGUGUGCCCUAUCCACCUCCAUCUUUUCCUUACGAUGCCUUCAGCAAUGGACACCUGGUAUUUCCAGUAAGUCUUUGUUGGUGAUCUAGUUUGACCAUUUGAUGUUCAGGAUCUUUCUAAGGCGAGUUUAAAUGAAGGUUUGUACUUUCUGCGUGAUGCUCGCUGUUGCUCUCCAAGUUUGUUUACGCUAAGUUGAAAUGACCAAGAUCGAUAGAUCAGAAACACAAGGGACAAGUUAAGAAUCAACUGAGAUUAGCGUGGAAGUGGCACUAGCCCCAGCAAAGCUGCAGCUUCUCUCGGUUCACAAAUCUCACUUCACUUGGUUCAAAAGUCUCUCUGCUCUUGGUUCACAAAACUCACGGCUCUUGGUUAACAAAUCUCUCUGCUCUUGGUUCACAAAUCUCACUUCACCUGGUUCAAAAGUCUCUCUGCUCUUGGUUCACAAAACUCACGGCUCUUGGUUAACAAAUCUCUCUGCUCUUGGUUCACAAAUUUCAAUGCUCUUGGUUCACAAUUCUCACUGCUCUUUUGGUUCACAAGUCUCACUGCUCUCGGUUCACAAGUCUCUCUGCUCUUGGUUCACAAGUCUCACUGCUCUUGGUUCACAAGACUCACUGCUCUUGGUUCACAAGACUCACUGCUCUUGGUUCAUAAGUCUCACUGCUCUUGGUUCACAAGUCUCACUCCUCUCGCUUCACGAAUCUCAUUGCUCUUGGUUUACAAAACCCAAUACUCAUUGUUCACAGUUCUUACUGCUCUUGAAUAUCACCGCAAAGAAAUACCAUCAAAUUUAAUGAAGUCUCGCUCUAGUGAUUUUAGAGAAAUCACUCCACGUAUGUUGUAUUAUCAUUGUAUAGUAUUUUCACAGUCGCUUCCCCUUUGUUAUUGUUGAGUGAAACCCGUGUUUGUUGUGCUCAGAUGUCAGAUACCAUGUCGUGUUGUAUUUAGAUAUCAGAUAUCAUUUUGUGUUGUACUCAGAUGACAGAUGCCAUGUUGUGAAGUACUCAGAUGCCAGAUGGCAUGUUGUGUUGUACUUAGAUGUAAGAAGUCAGUUUGUGUUGUACACAGAUGUAAGAGGCCAUGCUGUGUUGUACACAGAUGUCAGAGGCCAUGUUGUGUUGUACACAGAUGUCAGAGGCCAUGUAUUGUUUACACAGAUGCCAGAGGCUAUGGUGUGUUGUACUUGAUGUAAGAAGUCAUUUUGUGAUGUACACAGAUGUCAGAAGCCAUGGUGUGUUGUAAUCAGAUUCAUGAGCCAUGUUGUGUUGUCCUCAGAUGCCAGAGGCCAUGGUGUGUUGUACACAGAUGUCAGAAGCCAUGUUGUGUUGUUUGUGAGUUGUCAGUAAAAAGGUCUAAGCUUUAAGCCGUGUUGUCAUCUGACUGUGUGUUAGUGACAGUAUUACUGAAUACAAUAACUCAUCCCAAAGCGGCAAAGUCCGUACACGUUGUCUCGAUAAAACGCUUCUAUCUGCUCGUGUCGGAAACAGCAGCGUUCUGCUUGUCACAUUUAUAAAUUAGAAGAAACAAAUCUGCAAUUUAACAUCAAGCAUUAAUGAAAUACCAUUAAAAAUAAUUAAAUAUCAUUUUUCUUUAAUCGACAGAAAUGAUUAAAAGUAUACCCGGAUGUAUCAGUGACUUAAAAGAGAGUUGUCGGCCCGCCAAAGUCACAGUCUUAAAAGUCAUCGAGGCCCAAAUGUCGCAGGCGAAAUCACUGAUGCGUUCGGACCCCAAGGUGAAGGUCAUACACCUCAUCCGCGACCCGAGGGGCGUCCUGAGUUCGAGGCGCUAUUUUCGGAAGUUCAACGACGAAGACCCGGAGAGCUUUUCAAGGGACAUUUGUAACAGCGUCCUGGAGGACAUUGGGAUCUCGAGGAGUCUGUCUCAGACAUUCCCGGGGCGUGUCUUGACCGUCCGUUACGAGGACAUCGCUAAAGAACCAAUACGCGUCACCAAACAGCUGUACCGAUUCGUCGGGCUGGAGAUGACGCCGUCCUUGGAAAAACGGAUAUGGGAGAUGACGUACGCGGGACUACCCGACGACUGCAACAUUUGUCCCGUGCGGAGCAACAGCACCGAGACAGCCAACGGCUGGAGGAAGGGGCUCAGCUUUCGAACUGUCGCCAAGAUACAGGAGGAAUGCAAGACGCUGUUCGCGGUGAUGGGGUACAGAAGUUUCACGACGGAGGAUGAACUGAAAAGCCUUCACAUUCCCACAACGUUCGACGAGUAUGAUUCCAGAUUAAGGAAAGCGGAUGCAAGAGAUUAAAGUUACAGUGAAGACUAUUUUACAGGCG